UCGAGCCCCUAACCCUGGAGAUGCGAGGCAAACGUGCUAAACACUAAGCCACUAUGCCCCAAAAUAUAUAUCUGGGAUUUAAAAUCUAGAGUUGACAAAGUACAGAUGCUGGCAAGACAUCAGUUUUUAUCUGCCAAUUGCGGCAUCAUAUACGAGAUGAGGAGCAGGAGUCAGAAAAAACACACACAAAACACCAGAAUACAUUCACUGAUCUAUUGCAAAUUCUUAUCAAGGACAUCAUCUAAAGCAGAGACAUAACAAAAGCAUUAAGCAUGUUUACUCCUUAUAUGUCUUAUAGGUACCACCAGUGAUAAGGAUUGGACACACCUGGCAUUUGGAAUUUGGGUGUUGUGGAGAAAUAGUGAUGACCCACAAGCGCGCACACAGUGAUGAGGCCAGUAAGAUCACAGUUGCCUCACGUCCCAGUAUGGCUGUAGAGAGUGUAAACAGCCAGAACAUGCUGCUCUCUAAGUCCACCCUCUGCAUCAAUGGCAGCCAUGUUUACUCUGAGCCCAUCUACUCCAAAGGACCAGGGAGUCUGCCAAUCAAGCGCACACUACUGGAGAAAUGCUCUCCUUUAUCACGCUCGCUGCAGAAUCUUACCCGCCGCAGUGAAGACACACAGAGGCGUAGCUCCAUUGACAAGAGCAAAAAGGAGUUUGAGGGAGAGACUGAGGGCUUCUCAGCCCUAACAUUGGGAGUCAGCACCUCAGAGGGGAAGCCGGUGCAAGCCACUGGCCCCCUGGUGAUGGCUUCUUCCUAUACAGAUGUCUCAGAUAAAGGGAAGAAGCUGAGGAAAACUCUGUUCUCCAGCGGGAGAAGUGACUCUCUCCCAGCCAAACCUGAACAGGGUCAAGAGGGACGUCUGCGUGGCUGGUUCGGUGCCAGUGACACCCAAAACAAGCCAAGGCUGGGAGUUCCUCCUAAAGUAGAAAGCAGUCCAGAAACAUCCGCAUCCCUCUCUCCCUACUACCCCACUCUACCACCACGCUCUCUUCCCCUAGUUUCUGCUACUAGCCACAUGUCGUCCUCUCCUGUUGGCCCUCACACUAAUCCAUUCUCCCAUGUCUCACCUCCACCACCCUCCAUCUCCCCUACCAAUCCUUUCCUCACACGUCUGCAAAGGAACCCCUUUUUUGAGGAGCUCAUAGCCGAAGAAGCUUUGAAAUCUCCUCCUGCAAUUUCCGGUUACUACAACUCUCCAUUCAACCAUUACCCAGCAUUCCCUGUGAGGAGUGGCCUUCCAAGCAGUAUAUGUGAUAGCACACCAAACAAAAUGUCCUCUAUAAAGAGAGAGAGGCCUCGGAGUGUAGCUAAGCAGAGGUCCCUCCCUGCCUUAAUGCCUGGGACACCAGAGACAGCCACUGUGAACUCUAGUAAUGCAAUGCAACCAAGUCGUCCAUUAUCUGAGAGUAGGGGGGAAUGUGAUGAAUUUGAGGCUUUGGCCAGUAGUCGUCUUAAGUCACCAGUUGGGACUCCCAGUCGACCAGCCUCAGCCACAAUCCCUCCUUCAUCUCCUAACCCAUCUAUUAAUCCAGUUGAAUACUGCAGUAUUAAACCAAAAAUGGGGAUCAUAGUUGAUGAAAGAAUCUCCAAGGACUGUAACCUACCUGCUUUAGCCUCACGAAGACCAGUGAGGACCCCAGUUCCCAUUCAAGAGAGGUGCUCAGACAGCUGGCUAGACCGGGCACAGGAGCUUGCUGUCCAAAAAGAAGCUUGCCUGCUUUUCCAGACAGAUUUGGCCUCACUACGACAUCGAGAGAGACAUAGAGAGACAAACACCAAAGUUUCCCAUCUAGGUAAAGACUUGCACUGUGCUAUUCUUGAGCAGAAUGUGAAUGUUUAUCCACCUUCACAUACUGUACAAAUGUCCAGAGAUGAAAAUCUGAACAUUUUUAAAAAUGGACAAGAGAAACUUUUGACUGAGGGAGGCAUAAAUAUUGCACUAAAGAAUUCACAAUAUGGGUAUGAACACAUACAGGAAAACCCCCAGUCUUCUGCAAGUGACCACACUGUGCCCAGUACGCCAUUUUGCCCCUCAGACUGUGAUACAACUGUGAGCGAGUCAUUGUGCAGUGACUUUCAGGUCCAGAUAAAUCCAGAGUCCUCUUCUGAACUGAAGCCAUUUUCUGAUCAAAAGAUUGAGAACAUAAUCACUACUGCAGACAUUACUACUCCAGAUUCCAAUAAUAAUAAUACUAAUGACACUUCUCAGUUUGCUUUUAUUGAUUGUGACAGCUCCUCUUCAGUUGUGAACCAGACUACUUUCGGAAUUAUAGAUAAAGACGGUAACAAGGUGUUAACCCAGUGCCCAAAUGCCACAGAUUUGGAAUCAUCUGGGAUGUCAGUAUGUGGGUUAUCCUCAGUGCCCCCUCAAGAUUUAUUAAACAGAGUGGCAGAGCAAGAACCAUUUUCCCUGAAGGAAACUCCAAAUACUGUUGUUAGUACAAGUGGAAUGUCCAACAAUAACCACUAUGAGAAACCCUGUGACAACUUAGAACAACACAGCAGCCAUCCACAUUCAAAUUAUACUGCAAGGGUUGAAUCAGAGGAUCCUAAUCACAAAGAGAGCUCUGUAAAUCCACAAACAAUCCCCAGACGAAACAGGGAUGACGGAAAUGUGACGGCACAGCUUAAACCUGAGGCAAUAGAGGACAAUGCAGGCUUAGAUGCUCCACAAGAAGUUGAAUGCUGUUUGAUUUAUGACAAGGUUAAGACUAAAACAGCUGAACUCAAGCCAGAAGCGAAUAACUCCAAUGUUCCUGUUUCAGAGAGCCACAAGAUCAGUGAGUCCCCUUUGACUCUAACAGAUGGCCUCAGUUUUGAGGACUUGCAUGUCCGAGUAGCACCAAGAGGCUCAAGAAGCCCUUCCAAAACUGAAAUUAGAUCAGCACGCAUUAGGACACGUUCCACUACAAACUCCCCCAAGACUGGCCCCAGUGCAGUAUUAUCAACAGCGUGCUCUGACCUCAGUUCAACCAAACCUUCACUGUCAGACCUUUUUUUGAAUAAGAGUUCAUCCCCUUCUUCCUCCCAUCCUAAUGCCACUUCUGACCCCAGCCUGUCCUUGCUUAUGCAUUACCCAACCACAAGGCCCAGCUUGGGAAGCACUCUGGCUGAGGCCUCCUACACCACCUCCACACUCCAGCAGCAGGUCACUGCAAAGCACACACUUACCCCAGAGGAGGCAGAGCCAGCUAGCAGUCGCCCUCCCGCUGAGGAGAGCAGCCCCCAUCUAGUGAAGCCUCUGGCCAGCACAGCAGUGCCGGGAGAGAAGAAAUCAGUGCUAGAGAAACUGCGCUCUUCCAUCCACCCUGGACGCUCCACACAGCAGAACAUGGCUGAGCCGGAGAAACCACAGGCAACGAUUGUUAGUCCCCAUGUAUUGAAGGUGUCCAUGUCAGAGGCCCACGCUCACUACCAGACUAUGAGUAACAUGGAGCUGAUUGCUCUACUGCUGCAACAGGAGAUAGAUGCGGAGAGACAGCGGGCCGAGUCAGAGCUCCAGGCAACGCUGUUGGAGAAGCGAGAGGCUGAGCUGAAGAAGCUAAAGGUCCAGGUGCGAGAUCUGGAGGACUACAUCGACAAGCUGCUGGUGCGCAUCAUGGAGCAAACACCAACCUUGCUGCAGAGCUCCUUCCUCGGCAGGUUCAGACACUUUGUAGACAUCAUCGACCCCAGAACUCUUUUUGUAUCAGAGGCUCGCUUAAAGCAAUGUGUUGCUCUACUGGAUGAUUUUAAACAUGGGACUCUUCCUCCUGGAACAACAGAUCAACAGCUCUGGGAGGCUCAGAAGGUGAGACAGGCUAUUAUCCACCCUGACACUGGACAGAAGAUCUUUAUGCCUUUUCGCAUGUCAGGUUAUGUUCCAUUUGGAACACCCAUAGUGGUUGGUCUUCUCCUUCCAAACCAGACUCUAGCAUCCACUGUGUUCUGGCAGUGGUUAAACCAGAGCCAUAACGCUUGUGUAAACUACGCCAACCGCAAUGCCACAAAGCCCACGCCAACAUCGAGAUUUAUUCAGGGCUAUCUGGGAGCUGUGACGAGUGCUGUCUCAAUUGCGGUCGGUUUGAAUGUGCUGAUUGAGAAAUCCAGGAAAUUUAACCCAGCCACCAGACUCAUCAUACAGAGAUUCAUUCCUUUCCCUGCUGUAGCUAGUGCAAAUGUGUGCAACGUGGCUCUGAUGAGACACAACGAACUCUCAGAGGGAAUUGAUGUGCUAGACUCCAAUGGGAAUGUGGUGGGCUCUUCGCGGAUAGCAGCCAAACAUGCACUGAUGGAGACAGCGUUUACACGAGUGGUCCUUCCACUGCCUAUAUUUGUUCUCCCACCUAUCAUCAUGGCUUUUGUGGAGAAGCUGCCGCUGAUGCAGGCCCAUCGCCGGCUCAUGCUGCCUGUCCACAGCUUAGUGUGCCUGGCCGUGUUUGGUCUUUCUCUGCCUCUCGCCAUCAGCCUCUUCCCACAGAUGUCUCAAAUCAAGGCUGCUCACCUUGAGCCGGAAAUUGCCAUGGCAACCGAUUGUAAGGUGCUGACCUAUAACAAGGGACUGUGAAGAAAGCAAACAGAGAGAGCACAAGAGAGAGAUGCCAAAAGAGAGAUAGCAGAGGAAAGAGAAGACAUUAUUCUGUUUAAGCAGCUGUCCAUGGUCGUGUAACAAAGCGGGUGCAGUGGAGUUUGGAAAGGAUUACAUUGUAGCAUAAGAGCAAUAAUUACAUAAUUUUAACUACAUUACCUUAACCUUCAAGCCAAUAACCUGUAUUAAUUAAUCAUAUAACAGUAUGUAGUUUACAGUAUGCAAGUUUUAGUGUGAUAAAGUGUUGCACAGUCUUUAAUGCAUUUUUGCAGGGUCAAUUCACAUUCUACACAAUAUUCUGUUGUAAUUUUAGCUAGUAAGCAUUUUUAUUACUUUAAGAUUAAUGGAACAUUAAUUAUGGAAGAUUAAUGGAAGCAGUG